AUGUAUAGAGUCUCAAAAGACUGGACCAAAGAAGAAGAUGAUCGUUUGAUUGCUCUCGUGAAAGUCAUGACGGUGAAUGGCGUUGUUCAGUGGGACAAAGUGACUUUCUACAUGCCUGGGCGUCACCGACAGCAGGUUCGGACAAGAUAUCAACGCACCUUAGACGAGAAUGUUCGCCACGGGCGUUGGACGGAUCAUGAAGAUUUGCUCCUUAUGACCGCUGUCGCUCGGUUCGGUGCUAAGGACUGGGCGAAGGUGGCGAAAGCUGUCGUAGGACGAUCCGAUGGCCAGUGUAGAGAGCGGUUUGUUGCAAUUCUAUAG